UUUUAAAUCUUUCCCCUCUCACCUUAAACCUACACUCUCUCGUUCUAGACCCCCCUACUCCAGAGAAAAUACCUUGUCUAUUUACCCUAUUCUUGCCUCUCAUGAUUUUAUAAACCUCUAUAUGGUAACGUCUCAACUUCCGAGGCUCCCAAGGAACUGUAGAGUAAUUUCGAUGUCCAUCCCGAUCAUCACUGCUGCGGAAGAGAUAACGUUUUUGCUCAGAUUUCAGGUGUGCGGUGUACAGGGGGAAUAUAUGGCGAUCAAUAUAAAAUAGCAGCACCAGCUUGAUUUUUCAUUCUGUGUUGCAAACGCGAUUCCAAAGGAAUGAUUUUCCUGUUAUUUCAUCUUACCAACAAAAUUAGCGUACUUAGUAACCUUUGAUCCAGUUUCUGUAGAAUCGUAGAAAGUAUAUCACCGAAAGAAGUAAUUGACCACAUGGUAUGUGGACCAGCAAGUCUGUUAAACUGGAACUAUCCAGUCUGAUUUCCCUGCUUUUUACUUCAUAUCACACCUAAGUAGUUCCAACUGUCUAUGUAAAGGUCCAGUAUGUUCAUGUAAGCUCUUGUUAAUAUGGCAUUGCCUUGGACAGUACACAUCUUCAGGUGUUAUGGUAACUGCGCAGUUCGUGGUAACUAUUAGCACCGAAGAAAUAUUCAUGGAGGAGUAUCUACUUUACAAACUUACAAAUGACAAAUUAUUUUACGGCAAACACUAUUAUACGUUCGUCGGUGGAUACAAAUCUGUCGAAAUCCGCAAAUUAAAGUGCGGACCGGGGAUCACAUCAUCGGAUGUCUGGUGAAAGUUUGAUAACCUGCUGUCAGUCAGAAUAUGGAUUAAAAGUAACACGUUGCAGCAGAUGCAAUAACCUUCACUUGCCCACUUGUAACGUUGUUACAGAUCUUCAGUUGAAAGCAGCUGUUUUCAUGUCAUGCGUUAUAGAAACUCCUGUGGCUUGGUAACUGAUUAUUUAUUGGGCGAUUGGUGUCACCAAAUACUGUACAUGUGUUCUGGACGAUACGUGUCGCCGUCAACUAUCGACAGCCUCGUCAGAUGAAUUCUAAACAGACGCAGAAAAUGCUCCAAAAAAAAAACCGACGUGUGUCGAACCAGUGGUAAUUAAUGUGAAUGGAGAUGAACGGAUGAGAGACUUAGGGCUAUCCUGUCGAUUAAAACUCUUCACUGAAUACACCCCUACCCUCGCUCUUUAUCGUUAUAAUGACUCUAGCGGGAAAUGGAACUUAAACAGCUUUAUGUAACGGUGGAAAAGGUAUUUCCGGUGACGGAUUGAACGUCUGGCGACGGCGGACUGAAACUACAGAACAGCGAGAGAGGGAGAGUGAGAGGAGGAAAGCAGAGUUGCGGGGGGAGGGAACAUGAGUGGAACUUAACUAGGCUGCAGCUAAACAAACUUCUCACCAAAUGUUAGCCCGCUAAUCCUUGUACCCUUGUCCAAAUAGACAAACCAACUGCAGUUUUGCCCCUUUUAAAAAAAACAUUUGUUGUUUUAGUUUUGGAACGCUGGAAGUUUCUAAAUUGAAAUUUAUCGCCUAGAGAAGCCAGAUGUCAGCCAACGGCAGCAACUCAUCUCCUCCCGUGUCGCAGAAAUUGUUACCGCCGGUGUUGCCGCUGCCUGCCUCCUCGCCGACCCCAUCGCUAUCCCCGCCCGCUAGCGGUAUACUGUCUGGCCGGCUUUCCAACGGGAGCCUCAGCGCCCCGAGUCCCACCAAUUCCCGGGGAUCCUUCAACGGCGUCUCCUUCCUCCUGCAGAUCGGCCUCACCCGGGAACCAGUUACCAUCGAGGCUCAGGAUAUCUCCCUCUCCGCCGUCAAAGACCUUGUUUGCUCUAUUGUGGAUCAAAAGUUCCCAGAAUGUGGCUUUUUUGGAAUGUAUGACAAGAUCUUGCUCUUUCGCCAUGACCUCAAUUCUGAGAACAUCCUACAGAGGCUGAUAUCAGCAGAAGAAAUUCAUGAAGGGGACUUGAUUGAGGUUGUUCUUUCUGCACUAGCUACUGUUGAAGAUUUCCAGAUCCGACCACAUGCCCUUUAUGUGCACUCUUACAAAGCCCCAACUUUCUGUGACUACUGUGGAGAAAUGUUAUGGGGAUUAGUACGACAGGGCUUGAAAUGUGAAGGAUGUGGUCUCAACUAUCACAAACGAUGUGCCUUCAAAAUCCCAAAUAACUGCAGUGGAGUGAGGAAGAGGCGCCUGUCCAAUGUGUCUUUGCCUGGGCUCUCUGUUCCAAGGCCCGCACCAUCGGAUUCAGUCUCAGAGGAGGGGCUGUAUCCAGGGAUACAACCAAGAAGUGAUGAAAUUCGUUUAAUCAAGCGUUGUCACCAAGAAACCAGCAAAAGAAUUCCCUCAUGGAGUGGGCGCCCAAUCUGGAUGGAAAAAAUGGUGUUGGGGAGGGUGAAAGUACCACAUACCUUUGUCAUACACUCUUAUACACGUCCCACGAUUUGUCAGUACUGCAAGCGUUUAUUAAAAGGACUGUUUCGACAAGGAAUGCAAUGUAGGGACUGCAAGUUUAAUUGCCACAAGCGAUGUGCAUCAAAGGUGCCCAGGGAUUGUCUUGGUGAAGUUGUCUUUAAUGGAGAACCAGCCAGCCCAGGACCUGACUCUGAUAUGCCCAUGGAAGUAGAUAGCAGUGACAUGAACAACGAUGGGAGUAGAAUGUUGGAUGAUACUGAAGAGCCGUCCACCUCAGAAGAAAAAUUGUACUUUAUGGACUCAUCUGAUCUGGAUGGUGACAAAGAUGAAGAACCUGUCAGAACAAUCAGUCCUUCAACAAGCAACAAUAUUCCUCUCAUGAGAGUAGUACAGUCUGUCAAGCACACAAAGAGGAAGAGCAGCACAAUGGUGAGAGAAGGUUGGAUGGUCCACUACACCAGCAAAGACAAUCUAAGAAAAAGACAUUACUGGAGGCUAGACAGCAAGUGCCUUACACUAUUUCAGAAUGACACUGGAGCCAAGUACUACAAGGAAAUCCCACUGUCAGAAAUCCUGCAGUUGGAUCCACCUCGGGAUUUUACAAAUCUGGCUCAAGGCAGCAACCCUCACUGCUUUGAGAUCAUAACUGACACCAUGGUUUAUUAUGUUGGAGAGAAUCUCGGAGGCAACUACCAGAAUCAUGCCCUGGCAGCCACAGGAGUAGGUUUAGAUGUUGCUCAGAGCUGGGAGAAGGCCAUUCGUCAGGCCUUGAUGCCAGUCACUCCACAAGCCAGCGUGUGCACCACUGCAGGACAAGGCAAAGAGCACAAAGAUCUAUCUCUCAGCAUUUCCGUAUCGAACUGCCAAGUCCAGGAGAAUGUGGAUAUCAGUUCUGUGUACCAAAUCUUUGCUGAUGAGGUGCUGGGUUCAGGGCAGUUCGGAAUAGUUUACGGUGGAAAGCACAGAAAGACUGGAAGGGAUAUGGCAAUCAAAGUGAUUGACAAGAUGAGAUUUCCCACAAAGCAAGAAAGUCAGCUUCGCAAUGAGGUGGCCAUCCUUCAGAACCUUCAUCAUCCUGGAAUUGUAAAUCUUGAGUGUAUGUUUGAAACUCCUGAAAGAGUCUUCGUCGUCAUGGAAAAACUUCAUGGAGACAUGCUGGAAAUGAUUUUAUCCAGUGAGAAAAGUCGACUGCCAGAGCGUGUCACCAAAUUUUUAGUCACACAGAUUCUGGUGGCAUUACGACACUUACACUUUAAGAACAUCGUACACUGUGACCUGAAGCCUGAGAAUGUACUACUUGCCUCGGCAGAUCCUUUCCCUCAGGUAAAACUCUGUGACUUUGGAUUUGCUCGUAUUAUUGGUGAAAAAUCGUUCCGACGGUCUGUGGUGGGAACCCCAGCCUACCUAGCACCAGAAGUCCUCCGGAGCAAAGGCUACAAUCGAUCCCUUGAUAUGUGGUCCGUAGGGGUUAUAAUCUAUGUGAGCCUCAGUGGCACUUUCCCUUUCAAUGAAGAUGAAGAUAUUAAUGACCAGAUUCAAAAUGCAGCAUUUAUGUAUCCACCAAAUCCAUGGAAAGAAACGUCUAGCGAAGCCAUUGAUCUAAUUAACAAUCUGUUACAAGUAAAGAUGAGGAAACGUUACAGUGUGGACAAAUCUCUGAGUCAUCCUUGGUUACAGGAUUAUCAGACAUGGCUGGAUCUCCGAGAGUUUGAGACCAGGAAAGGAGAGCGUUACAUCACACAUGAAAGUGAUGAUGCACGAUGGGAGGAAUAUUCCCUGGAACAUAAUCUCCAGUACCCCAAGCACUUCAUCAUGGCACCGAAUUUAGAUGAUAUGGAAGAAGAUCCUUAAUGUAUCAAACUGAACAAACUGCCAUGACUGAUUAACAUCACAGCUAUGUUGUGGAAAUGUACUGCCACUGGGGUAAAGGAAGCCAAGACUUGUUGCUGCUUGUCGUACAGCAGAGCCAAAGUGGAUUAGAAACUGCCCAGCUCUUUACAUCAGUCCGUGUGACAAUAAAGAGGGAUGAUGUAAAUGAAGACUGUGUAAGUCUGUAGCAUAUUUCAGUUACACAGGUGCAGACUUGGUGACUGGUGUAUGUGGACAAUUGAAUGCUGUGAGCUUUAGAUUUUAAACCAAACAUUCCUUUUCUAGUAUUUAGCUGGUUUAAUACUAUCCACCCAAGUACCUCCUCUGGUAACUAGUCACUUUGUACCAAGCCAUAAAUGUACUUGUUUACUAAAUGCAAAGCUAGAUCAGAUAAUCUUUUUCUCAUAAGUGUUUUAUUUUUUACAAGAUAGAACGUUACAGCGAAAAAUUGUCCAUUGCAGGACAAGGGCUAUUGCUUGGACCAAAUUCAGUUUAAAUAAGGAUUUCCUCUUACUAAAGUUGAUUGGCACUUUGAGUAAAUCAUCAGUUUGUUCAUUUUGUACACACGAUUGAGACAGUAUUUACACAUGAAGGGUCUCUUACGAAAUGACAUUAUCACCUUCAUUGAUUACUUUGUAAAGUUGAUGUCAUUGAGUUACCAAAACUUCCUUGUGUGUAAGUUUUAUAAGAUAAUAUAAAGCUAUAGUAUGGGCAGAGCAAUAUCUCCAGUAGUCACUCAGUUGCUGAUCCAUUUGUAUUAUGGUUCAAAAUAUGACAGUCAGUGUUACAAUGAAGUGAUAUUGAUUGGUUUAGAAUGAAGAAAUGGUGCUAAAGGAGGAAUACUGGAGUGCUAAAAUCCACUUAGAUCUGGGACCCAUUACACUAGAUUAAGCUAUAAAUUCUACAGUGGAGCAAUGAUGCAGCUGGAGGGCGCACAGUUUCUGGAGUUUUAGUUGGAAACACAUACUUUAUUGGCAUCUUGCCACCUGAAGGCACUGUGGAGAGAUUUUGCUUUGAAGGUGCCAGGAAGUCUACUCAUUUAUGUAACUCCCAGUGGUGACUGGUACUGUUGUUAACAAUGUAGAUUUUGUCUUGUCAUCUCUUCAUGAUAGCAGAAGGACAAAUCCCAUCUGUGUGAAGCCCAUCAUUUUCAUUUUAUUAACUGUUUUAAGAUGUUGCAGGUCCAUGUUCCACAAAUUAAGAAUGAGUCAUUUCUGUCAGCUGCUACCAAUCAGAUUAUUGGUUGCAGGAAUGACUAAGUCGAACUCUGUGCUUGCAUCUGAACAAUCAAAUGAAGAUCUUUGCCACAUCAUUCCAACCAGAGAGCAGUAUUAAUGGGCAUACAAGAAAAGAAAUAAUGGUUGAAUGGCCUUGUUGUUUAUGAUACCAAGAAGGUACACAUUCCCAUUGCAGGCAAAAGCCUUGAAAGCAACUGGAUGCGUAUUCAUAUUAUGAUGAGUGCAGCUUCUACGUAUUUGCUCCCUUAUUCUUGAGACAGUGCAAUUCUUGAAUAGUUGAGGCCUUUGACUUCAAACUUGAUAUAAAAAUAAUUUGUCUCUGAACUGGUGGGAUAUGGCAGGGCUGGUGUGGUGGAUGUGGGUAGGGAAAGUCCUGCUUCUUAUUGCAGUUUUAUUAAGAGGAGUUUUUCAAGAAAUGUGUACUUUUAAAAUCCUGUAUAGAUGAAGUCCGUGGCACAGCCUUUUAUGUUAAACUAUCAGUUAUACCCAAACUCUUGAGAAAUUUCACAGGAUGAAAUGCAUAAUUUGAAGACAGGCUAUGCAAUUUGAAAGAAAACAUGAUAGCUAUCUCCCCCUCAAUAGCUUGUGCUUGUGUCCUUACUGUGUGCACUGUGAUGUACAUACGUGUCUAAUUGACAUUAAAUAUUCCACUCGUACGUGUUUUUAUUCAAAAAUACUUUAUAUUUCCCUCCUGAAGUUGGACAGCAUUUUUUGUAAAUCGUGUAAUGAAAUUUCAACAGUUUGUUUUUUAACCAGAUGUGUACCUUUGAUAAAAAUAAAUAUCACUGCAUACAACAGCAAUAUUUUAAGUAUUAGAAAUUAUAGGUGAGAAAUGAAAGAUUGAACAGUAUGUUGCAUUGACAAGCAUUCCUAUUACAAAUAGCAAUCGACUGUUGCUUUUCAAUAUAGGCAGGCCUAAAGAAUGAUUGGCAAUCAGUUAAAGUUCAUUUUUUCCCUGAUAACAGAUGCCUGUUGACAACGAAAAGUUUUGCUGCUUAAUGUCAGUGCUGCAGCUGUGAGGUUCAUGAGAUCACAGGUAGUAUCAAUCAGGCUUGCAGAGGUAGCUGGCUGUAUCAGCAGCCUCCAAUUCAUAUAAGGUUGAACUGCAGCCUCUUUUGUUCCACAACUGAAGACUAAUAAUGAAUGGAUUUGAAAAGUAGAAUUUUUCCAGUCAACAUUUUCAACUGUGUGUAUUCAUUGCUUCAUAGUGUCCAUUGUGAAGGGUGCCUUGAAGCUGAGUUUUCUUUUGUUUGGGAGAGACAAGAGUCCAUGUUGCCCAAGUAGAAGCAUGCAAGUACUUGCUUCAUACAUGUUGAUAUUUGUAUGAACCUCAAAUAGUGCAGCAUCAGGGGAAAUUCCAGUUUCUCUGCAAUACUGUUGCAAUUCACAUUUCCACCAAAAGGUCCAGCUUAUUGUAUACAUGUAAUUCCGAGAACGCAGUGAAUUGCUUUCAAUCUUAAUAUUGUUAUUUUCAAAACACUUUCAUUGACUUAUCCCAUUCUAUUUGAGAAAUCUUCUCCAGCCUUCAAUCUCAAUCUGCAGCCUCAGCUUCUUUGACUCUAAAUCGUAAGAACAAGAUUUACUGGAACAUCAGAGAUGGAUAUUACAUUUACAUAUAAACCUGUCAUUCUUUGCUAAAUUCAUCUCACCUAUUGCAAUUCUUCAUGAUUUUAUGCAGCUACUAAAAACCUCUUCAACUGUGCCUUAAAUCACUUCCCUAUCUCUAAGUUUCUAUAUUUCUUGUUGAUAAUACCUCCCUUCCACAUCUGUAAAAUGUUGUUUUAUGUGAUAAAUGGAAUAGAAAUGCAAAUUGCUGGCAAACCAUUUUUCCACAUCUCAAAAAAGCUGGCCCUUUAUAAAAAGACACAUUGUCACAAAAUAAAAGUAUAUGAUUUAACUGAUCUGUAUGGACCUUUUAAAUUCAUUUUGAAAACCCGUCUAUAUUAUGAUACUAUAAUAUCAGUAUUUUUUAACUCAAAAAUAUGUUCAACCAGCAUUGCACCUAAUGUGUUGCAGCUAAAACAAAAAUAAAUCAAUUUUCUAUCAUGCUGCAACUUUAAAAAGAAUUUAAUUGAAAGAUAAUAUUCUAUUCUGUCAUUCAAUGUCUGUUAGAAUGUUAGGUUCAAUGUUUGUAUUUGAGGGAAACAACAUGUAGAAUUCAGAUUAAGGGUCUUCUGUGGAGUGUUCUGACAUUAAACAUUUCCAGCACAUUUAUGAUGUUGUUGAGAGAUUAGAUAAAUAAGAAAUGGUUUUGCCCUUAUGCAAUGCAACAAAACAUUUUCAACAUUUUGUAUGCUUAGAGUUGGUACAAAUGUAUCGGGACCACUGAAUUUGAAUAUGGCUUACUAUAGCAUUUGUUGGUAUUGGAAUACCUGAAAGAAAGGCGAGUUUAAGAUAUUUUGAAGCGCUAGCUGUAAUGAGACCAACACUUUACCUGAGAAUCCUUUUUUGUUUCUUUUUGUUUGCAUUUUGUGAGCUUGCUGUCUGCAAAGUUGAACAAAUGUAUAGUUGAGUUUAAGUAAUAUUUUUGUUGGGGGGGGGGAAUGUGUGAGUAGUUCUUAUUUUAUGCUUUAGUUUUAGAUUGUUCUACUCUUAUUGUAUAUUUGAGUAUGCUAUCCUUUGUCCUGUGUUUGUUACAAUAGUGUGUUAUUUGACUAAAUAGAUCAUACACUCCAGUACUGGAAGAUAAUAUAAGGAGUGAAGUAACUUGGUUAUAGUCUCAAACAUUUCCAAAAAUAAACGUUAUGCAGUGGCUUUUGCUCUGGUUUCAUAUUUAGUUUUUAUAUAUUGAAAGUGCGAUAUCUGUUGUCUUUGUUCUAACCAUUUGAUUUUAAGUGCAAUUUUGGCAAAAGAAAAACAAUUUAAGUUUAGAGUCUAUUUUAAAAGAUUUAAGAUAUUGUCAAGAACAAAGUUUACCUUAUCUCCUGAACCUACUAUGAUUAGAGGUGUGCAAGUAUGCCAGUACUUGGAUUGUGACCUUGUGUAAUCAAAUUAUUAUAAAAUAUUUAAAAAUUGAACACAGCUGAAAAGAUGUCACAACAUAUAUUUUGUACAGCCAAGUAAGGUGUUGUGGAUCCUGCUUGGAGAACCAUUUUGGUUUAGCAUUAAGUUUGGCUGCACACACCUGAUUAUCAACCAGAACCAAACUGGGCACUAGAAAAGGUACAGAUACAAAGUUAGCACAUUGGUGGAGCAAAGAAUGUGAAAUUCAAGUUUCCCCUUAAAUUUCAGUUGAUUUAGUUUUUUUCUUUUUUAAAAUGCAAAACUAUAUAGUUACUAAUCAUGGUCGAUAUAAAAAUAUUUGCAUUCCUUGUCUUUAACCUAUUUAAUAGGGAUCUUCCUUCAUUGUUGCUGUUUUCCCCAAGACGUGCUGAAUGUUCCGCAAUUGACAUCAUGUAGGUAGCUUUAUGCUGAUUAGUAAGAUAAACUGUCUGUAGGAUGUAUAUUCUCCAUUAUGUGAACAAGCAACUGUUUCCAGUCUUAGUGACAUGCUAAUGCUGUUGUCUCUUAAGUUCCAAACCAGUGUGUUCAAUAAUGUUGAGGUACAGGAAAUGAACAAAAUAAUGUAACUGUGUCAUUUUAAGUGGUAAAAUCCACUUGCUAUAAACUAUAACAAUCUAGAAUUAAAAUAAAACACAUUUUGAAAGGGAAUUUGUUUAAAUUAAUUGUCCUGACAUUUAACAUUGAUGUAAUACAUAAUGUAUUAUCUUCAAAAGACUUUGGUCUCUGAUCAUUAAUAACAACUCAAUUUUAAAAUCUGCAGUGUAGAUAGAAAAUUGGAACAGUGCUUGGCUCACUAAUACGUAUAGAAUAGGCAAACAUUUGAUAGAUUGUUCACAAAAUAUGUACUUUGGCAACGAUACUGAAAAUGCAUCUGCACUAAGAAAGAUGUCAAUAAAUUCUAUUACCAAUAAAAGAAAUCAAUCUCACAGCACGAUUUGAGAAAUAAAUGUCAUUUAGCCAUACCCUAUGUCUGGGUAGUGGUACAGACUAUAAUAACAAAACUGCUGCAAGUUUCCAUUUUUAUUAACAUUUUGUCCUAAAAAUGUAAUUGCAGUUUGCAGCCCGAAGGCUAAAAACAAAAGUGAAAUCAAUGUAUUCUGAUCAUUUAGAUUCUGGGACAUUUUUAUGUUAAAAUCAUUACAUGUUGUACAAUGAUUAUUUUUUGCAUCGGCUUGCCCUACAAUAAUUGUUGCCUUUUUGUGUGUUUGCUUCUGUCCAGUUAAAAAGAAAUUUGGAUUUUGUAUAUUCAGUUUUGUGCUGAACAGUCAUGAGAUACUGGAGGUGGUUUAAUAAGGGCUCUCCAGCAUCUUUACACUGCACUUUAGCUGGUCAGUGUAGUUGCUGUGGUCCAUACUCAUUGUUGUGAAGUGUGAUGGAAAUUAAGGAACCAUAGACUUUAGACAACAGCACAAAGGACCAAUUUAUGGUGUCUGUUAGGGAAAUAGUUACAGACUAUUCCUGAGAAUCUUUACAUCAGUGUUGCCACUGGCUUGGCAUGAGUCUUAUGGAAAAGUGUUUUUGUAUAUUUUAGUACUUGCAGUUUAAUAAAAUUAAUUGGAAUUUCA